CGCGGCAACAUCUGAGCGUGAUCGGUAUAAAUGUGCAAUAUAUAAAAAAUGAAACCAUUAUAAGUCAAACGUUGGCAAAUAAAGAGCUCAGGCAGAGACAUACAGGUCAUUACUUAAAGUCUGUAAAGUUAGAAGUCCUAAAUGAUUAUAAAAUCGACAUAAACCAAAUAUUGACCAUAACAACAGACAAUGGAGCAAACAUGGUAAAGGCGGUACAUGACUUAAACGCAGACCUAAGAAAUGAUCAAAAAGACGACUUAACAGAAAACAGUUUGAUAUUGAUUGAAAAUAGUUUUCGUUCACAAAUAAUAGCUAGCAUCCGAUGUGGCUCCCAUACGCUGCAACUUUGCGUAAAUGAUGUUUUAAAUAAAGAGGAAACCAGGCAUACAAUAGAAAAAUGCAGAUGUGUUAUAAAGAAAUUAAGAUGCCAAAUAUACCUGAAUAUCUUGAAAAGUGGUGCCUACAAGAUAUCUGUCUUAGAUUGCGUUACAAGGUGGAAUUCAACAUAUAAUAUGAUCGAAAAUUUAUACGAGUUAAAAGAGUUUGUUACCUCAUUGAGUUUGGAAAAUACUGACCUUUUAAUUAGUCACGAAGAGUGGAAUUUUAUACCAGAAUUUUUGAAAAUAUUCAAAAGUUUUUAUACUGUUAUAGUUAAGUUACAGUCUGAAAAAUUGCUUUAUAGUGACUUAUAUAUAAUUAUAAUGGAUAUUAUACUUCAAGUUGAAAACCUUCCACGCAGUGAGCUUCGAGUUUCUUUACUUUCAAGUUUAAAUAAGAGAAAGUCAAAGCUCUUCGAAAACGAUUUAUUUAAUGCAGCUGUAUAUUUGCACCCAAGAAUCACAGUUAUUUUAAACUCAAUUUGCACAAUCGAUGAAUUUCAAUUACAUCAGAAUCACGUAUCCGAUAUAGAAAACUACAUUGUGAAUUAA